AUGGUGUCGCUCAAGACUCUUGGAGUCGCUUAUGCGGCCGCGAACAUCUUGGGAGUUAACGCAGGUCUUUGUCGCCCAUCGACCAGGACUUCGUUGAGCGCGUCAGCCACCGAAACCACGACCUCGGCUCCCGUUGUCUCGACUUCUGCCUCUGGUAGUAGCAUCGCUAUAUCGGCAUCAACGGACACAACAUCAGUGACUGAUGAGACAAGUGCUGCCAAUACUAAGACAUCUGGGACUACGGCGCUUUCGAGCAGUGAAACUAUCAUUUCUUCAAGCAAGCCAUCAAGUUCCGAUGUCUCAACUCUUGAGACCUCGAGCAGUCACACGAUCUCUGUCGACCUCACUACGUCUGGCAACCCUACCACGUCAAGCGAUGCUGUGACAUCUGCUGAGUCCACGACCUCUGGUGCUUCGACCAUGUCUACCGAGACAUCUGCAUCCGUCGACUCCACGACGUCAGGCGCCCCGACUAACACUGCUGAAACAUCGGCCUCUAUUGACGCGACCUCCACCGAAGCUACUACGGCUGAGGAAUCCACGACAGCUGCUGAUACUACGACAACUGCCAAUCCCACCACCGCCACCGCUGAUGCCACGACAACUUCAUCAGAGCCUACAACCACAACCUCGGCCUGUAUUGAACCUACCAACCUGCUCAGACGGCCUGGCUUCGAAGAUCCAGAUGUCGGAGACGUCUGGGGAUUCUACUGGGAUGGUGGCGAUGUUGAAUACGACCCCGUAGAAGCUCGAACUGGUGAUUACAUUGGUGUCCUACCUGUCCCAGAUGGUCAAGAACGACGAAUGGAGCAGCGUAUUCACAUAACUCCAGGAAGAGAGUACACUAUCAGCUUCUGGUAUUUUGUCGCAAACCCCCCAUCAGUCGACACUCAAUGUACUAUCUUUGCUAUCUUCGACUACUACACGGCAUUGAAGCAAGUACCGCUUGUGUAUGAUUCUCAAUACCACCAGUACACCGCGAGCUUCAUUGCACAGGACAACUUGGACCCGGCCAUCGAGAUCGGCGUUUCUUGUCCCAGUGUAGGCAAUGGGUACACAGCCUAUGUUUACAUCGAUGAUACUUCUGCAAUGGACUCUAACAACGAGUGUGAUGCUACUCCCGUAGACCCCAACGCUCCCCCAAAGUCUACACUCCUUGUUCCCGCUCAGCCAGAGUCACCUCACUGUCCUGUGAAUCUUGUCCAAGUCCCUGGUUUUGAGGCUGAUGCGGACAACCAGGCAUGGGCCUUCUACGACAUAGGAGAGUUUGUGCACGACCAGUCCAAUGCUCGGACUGGAGAGUGGGAGGCACUUUUCCCCAGUGAAACCACGGAUGACGGUACCUACCUGGAACAAAAUAUCGACGCAUCAAACCUAGUAGAAGGCGAGCUCUACGAUUACCAUUUCUUCUGGAAGCCCAAGACUCUGCCAGAUAGCGGAACGUGCUAUAUGUUCGCUGGCUAUAACGACCUACAAUUCCCACAGACAACUAUCGACUUUGGGGCAACUUCGUCGACUGGCUACACUCUCUACUCAGUUCGCUUCGCAAUGCCGGCCGGAAAUUUGCUACUUCAAAUUGUCUUUUACUGCGAGUACAAUGACGACAACACAGUUCUUGGAGCAGUGUACGUUGAUGACACGGCACUGAUCAAGGUUAGUGGCUGUGAGGCAUAUCCCGUAACUGGGGCGCUCAUUGAGAACCCCAGCUUCGAGAUCCAAGCUACUGAUGAUAGUACCUAUGCUUGGUUUGGCACCAACGGCAUGACAAUCAGAGCUGGAAGCACAGCUGAUGGCCCUUCGCCUAACUCGGGCGACAACUUCCUAUACGUCCAGCUUGGAUCCACCAAGAAAUCCGCCACGCUCACCAAGCCACUGGCUAGCCCCUUGGAUGCAGGCACAGCGUAUACUCUCCAGUUCAACUGGGCAGCUGGAUCUGCGUACGUGCCCAGCACAUGCUCAUUCAAGAUUGUCUUUGGCUCAGUAUCUCAAACACUUGAUCUCGACGCCCAGGCCACUGCGUAUCAGUAUCAACUGUUCGAAAAUACUUUCACAGCUGGUGACUCGGCUGAUUCUAUGUCCAUCACUGUUGAGUGCACAGACGCAAGUGGAUUCCCUGACUUCGCCUUUGACGACUUUUCACUCCAGUAA